AUCAUACCCCUCGCAAGGCUCUGCUUAGAACACCAAGAUCAACUAUCGGAAAUAAUCCCCUUUCAUGUUAUGUUAAUGAAGCCGUAUAGAUACAUCGACAAAUUCGAGAUUCGCUAGGUACGUCGUCGUCUAGAGGACAGAAAUUCAAAAGCCAUGCAAAGCUUCCACAUUGGCCCGGAUCCUUCCCUAUUACUUUCAUCUCGUGAUUUUCGAAUUCCUCAAGUUCCACAACAUUCACCGCGUCCGCCAUUAUUAGCCCCCUACCACGACGUAGACGAUGAUGACGAGCAAUCUGAAAGCCAUGGCAGUGAAAGUAGUCACUCUGCGAAAGAGCCAAUCCAAGUUGGUAUGACGACUGAGACUAAGGACCUCUAUCGAGAAGACCCCCGCGCCCCAUGGGAAGAGUGGGCGCCCGAAGAUAUAGGGGUCAACUCUAAGUCAACACCCGCCUCAGCGAAGUUUGCCCUAAUCGUACGCCGCGAGAAGCGGAAUGGCGAUACGGAGGAACCAGUCCUUGCAUUACACUCCAUCACAGUUCAGAGCCCGCUGAUCAAAAGCCGACUCGGGCCAGUCUUUGCGGGUUACCAGGGUAUCAACACGAAUUUAAAGAAGCUGGAGUUUCGUGCGCCAUUCCGCGAGUUCUUCUAUCGGUGGAGUGAAUUUGUUCGUGCGACGCCAGGUGCUGAAGAUGAUGAUGACGUUGACAAGAAUCAUUUCGCACUUCUAUUCGACAUCAUAAGUUCCGAGAUCAGACCACAUAUCGAUCAAGUAGAGGACCUUCUCAAAAACGAGGUUAUAUCGUUCGAUUACGUCUGGGCACUUUUUGAACCAGGCACUGAGGUUUACUCCACGGCGAAUGGACAGGACCGCCUGUUUCUCGUGAACGGUGGCCAUUACCAGGAACUUAUGGGCGGCAUGAAGGUCUACACCCUUCUAUGCCGAUACAUUGAUACCGAUGGAGACUUAUUCGGGUACACGACAAUAUCGUUAUCAAUUGCGGAUUUCGAAAACGUGAAGCCCAUUUCGGAGCUAAAUGUGCUUCCCAGCCACUUACACCCACAGAUAAACGAGAUCCGGGUACAGCUACAGAAAAGGGGUCGCAGAUUCGAGAUGCUGAAAGGCACGCAUUACAAGGCCUACUCAGGGUAUUCUACUCUGCGAUCCCCAAGUUUUCGUGGCUCAAGCAAAUAUUUCAUUGACGAUGGUAGAGUGAUGAUCGAUACUAGCUCAUUCAUGAGAUACAAUGGAGAGAGCCCCGGCCAAUUAGGCCCGCUAAAUGGACCGACAUCUUCCGACCACUUGAACGUUUUUCAAGAUUUCACUGACCCGGAUGAACUUAAUGAAAUUGCUCCUCCAGCGGUCCAAGUCAUGCAACACACGGCAAGGCAAGCUAGACGAAGGUUUGCAUCUACUCAACAGACAUCAAAAGGCAGCAAGUCUCUUUCCGAGGAACACUAUGUUCUAUGUAGCCCGACGGUUAAAGGGUUCGAUUUUCAAGCCAAAGAAUGGGUCUACCUAUACGUUGACGAUGUUAAGGACAUCGUUUGGAAUAUGGACGCCUUCGGGCAACUCGUCCUGCCCCAAGAAGAGUACAAGGAGAUCAUUUGGGCGUUUGUGGAAGCGCAACUUUCUGGAUCCGAUAACUUCGAUGACAUAGUCAAGGGCAAAGGCAAAGGCGUCAUACUACUUCUCAGUGGCGAGCCCGGUACCGGUAAAACACUUACAGCAGAAUCAGUCGCCGAAGCCAUGAACAAACCCCUCUAUAGCAUGAGCGCAGGCGAACUUGGCAUAGAAGCCGGGGAAGUAGAGAAGAACCUGCGGCAGGUGCUAGAAUUAUCAACACGAUGGGGCGCGGUGCUGCUUCUGGAUGAGUGCGAUGUGUUUCUGGAGCGGCGGACGACAGCGGAUCUGCAUCGCAACAAAUUAGUGUCCGUAUUCCUGCGAUUACUAGAGUACUACCAAGGUGUCAUGUUCCUGACGACUAACCGUCUGGCAUCUUUCGACCCAGCCUUCGAAUCCCGCAUCCACCUUACUAUCCACUAUCCCCAACUCGACUUCGACAGCCGACUGCAUGUCUGGCGCGUCUUCGUUCGACCCGGUACCACAAGUAGUAGCGUUCAGGAGUCGGAAUUAGAGGGAUUGGCGCGCCCCGAGCUCAAUGGACGUCAAAUUAAGAACGUCGUCAAGACGGCUAGACUGUUAGCCGCGAGAGAUAAAACACCGCUUGGGUUAAAGCAUAUAGAAACGGUAUUGAAAGUGAAAAGGGAUGGUCCUACGGGCUUCGGGAAGAAUGAAGUAUAAGGACCAAGGAAAAAAAUGCAAUAAUUAGGUGCCUAUCUAUAGAAUAAACCAACCCGUUAGUGCGUUCAAGAAUCCCGUUGUGCUGUCGGUAUUGCGCAGUGAGGCAAAUGAGGCAGCAAAACAGGGCCGCUAUCUCCCU